CCAAAUACAUAAAGCAAACCAAUCUUACGUCCUCACGAUGACGUCACCAAGAUGCCCUACAGUUGCCACGUGGCGCAAGCAAAGAAGCUUCGUGACAUCCUCAAGGAAAGUGUAUAUGAAGGAGCGAUUUAAAAAAGAAAAAAGAAAAAAGGAAAAGAAAAUAUUAUAUGUUUUUUACUAUUUAUAUGUAGAAACCAUGCCUAACAAGUAACAACCAAUUAAGCACGCCCUGUCUUUACUUCUACCAUUUUCCCACUUGCAGCUUUGUAGCUUUCUGGCAAUAAUGGACUGUCUUCAGAAUCCAAACCCUAGCUCUGCCGGCCCUUAUCACUUUGGAGAGAGCAUCGAUCCUUCCAUGGAUUUUGAUGAGUUUUCAGACUAUUUCAUGCUUGAUUAUGAUGUUGAUGAUCAUCAAGAUUCUUCGUCUUUAAGCACCGUGUCGCCGGAGAAGUUCAUGGCUGACCGCUCUACUGGAUCCAGUGGUGGUGCAACAUCAAGAAAUAGCAACAAUAAUAUGAAAUGCAGAAAUGAGGGGAGGAGAAACAAGAUAGAAAUGGGUCAUAGGGUUGCUUUCAGAACUAAAUCGGAGCUGGAGGUUAUGGAUGAUGGAUUCAAGUGGAGGAAGUACGGAAAGAAGUCAGUCAAGAACAGCCCAAAUCCAAGAAAUUACUACAAAUGUUCAAGUGGAGGGUGCAAUGUAAAGAAGAGGGUGGAGAGGGACCGAGAAGACUCGAGCUAUGUGAUAACCACAUACGAUGGAGUGCACAAUCAUGAGAGCCCUUGUGUGGUAUAUUACAACCAGAUGCCUCCUCCUGUGGAUCCCAACAACAUUUGGACUUUGCGAGCUUCUUCACAGUCUUCGGCUUCCUCAUAGUUUGCUCCUUUAUUAAUUAUAUGCUAUUUAUAUAUAUAUAUAUAUAUAUAUAUGUAAUCUCACCAAAAUGGGGCUCGAAAAUUAUUUAGAUCAUUGUACAUGAUUUAUAUGAUUGUUGUUGUUGAAGAGAAUGAGAUAUGCUGGCUGGAAGAGAAGUGGGAUACACUCAUGUUAUAAGGGUAAAUGACAUGUGUAUUGUAAAAAAUUUAUGUCUUGUAUGAGUUUGAUCGGGCGAUUUAGUUGAUUCGGCCGGAUUGAUACUCACCCUUAUGUAUGAUAGGUGCAUGCAUACAAAAACUCCUCAAGGACUUGGAGAGUGCUAAAAUAUGAAUAUGAUUUGAAUGUAUUUGGUUUUUUUUA